ACUGAUAACAGUUUGUGUGGAUGAGACUCAACAUCAUCCAUGUAGUAGUUAGUUGAAGAUAUCUUCAGUUGUGUUUCAGUUAUCUUUGAAGGAGGGAAAAAAAUCUAAUGAAAAGUAAAACUAAACAAACAUUCUGAAUCUAAGAAACUUAUCAUCAGAUAAGGCAGCACCCAAACACUCCAUAAUCCAUUCUUCAAUAAUCACUUCACAAAAAUGCAUUCUCUCUCACCAUGCAUCACUUCUAUUACCACUCUCAAUCUCAAAUCUCUCUAUAACAACAACAGAAACCUCCUCAUCUCAUCACCAUCUUCCUCCAUUCACCACCGUCUCAAACCCAUCUCCGCCGUUCUCAACUCUUCAUCAAACCGCAAACAACAACCACAAAACCCACAGAAAAAACUAUACCAACCUUUCCGACCACCACCAACACCUCUCCCACCAAAAUUCGACAACCUCGACAUUCCAGCUCGAAUCGACAUCCUCGCUAACCGUCUCGGUGUCUGGCAUGAAUACGCUCCUCUCAUCACUUCCCUUAUCCGCGAAGGUUUCUCAUCUCCAUCCAUCGAAGAAACCACCGGAAUCAGCGGCGUUGAACAGAAUCGUAUCAUAGUCGCAACUCAAGUUCGUGACACUUUAGUUCAAGCUAACACUGAUGAAGAAACACUCUCUUUCUUCGAUAACGGUGGCGCUGAAGUUUUAUACGAAAUUCGUCUACUUAGCACUUCGCAACGCGCUGCUGCUGCAAGGUUUCUUGUUGAGAAUCGGUGUGAUGGAAAAGGCGCGCAAGAUCUCGCGCGUGCGAUAAAGGAUUUUCCGAGUAGACGUGGGGAGAAGAAUUGGGAGAGUUUUGAUUAUACUCUCCCGGGAGAUUGUCUCUCUUAUAUGUAUUAUAGACAGAGUAAGGAGCAUAAGAAUCCUUCUGAUCAGAGAGAUUCUGCGCUUGAAUUAGCGCUUAGCGUUGCGGAAAGUGAGAAAGCUAAGAAAAUUGUUUUUGAGGAACUAAAUGGGAAAGCUGAAGCGGACGAGGAAGAGGUUGAAGUUGUUGCGUUAAAAGUGCCGGUUCCUGUGGUGAGGUUACAGAUUGGUGAAGUGGCGGAGGCUACUUCGGUGGUUGUUUUACCGGUGGUUAAAGCGGAGGAAGGAGUUAAGGUGAUUUUUGAAGCACCUUCUGAGGUAAGAAAUGAAGGGGAGUUCGGCAUUGUGGUGGCGGAGAAAGGAUGGGAGAAAUGGGUGGUGUUACCGGGAUGGGAGCCGGUGGUAAGUGUAGGGAAAGGCGGUGUUGUAGUGUCGUUUUUGGAUGCGAGAGUUUUGCCGUGGAAGGCGAAUAGGUGGUAUAAGGAGGAACCUGUAUUGGUUGUUGCUGAUAGGAAUAAGAGGGUGGUGGAGAAUGAUGAUGGGUUUUAUUUGGUGGUUGAUGAAGGUAAUGAAGUUGGUUUAAAGGUUCAAAGGGGUUUGAUUUUGAAAGAAAGUGGUGUUAGUGAGUGUUUAGGGAAUGUUGUUUUGGUUGUUAGGCCACCUAGUGAGAAUAAUGAUGAUCAGUUAGGUGAGGAAGAUUGGGACUAAAAGGAAAGGGUAAAAGAAUUGGAUUAGGAAUUAUAGUCAACUGAGUUUCAAUCUUUUUUUCCUUCUUCCUUACCUCCGGCGGAAUAUGGCUUUAUUAAUUUGGGUUUAGUUGCAAUUUUCUUUUGCUUUGCCUACUUAAUAGAAGGACUUGAUCAUUUUUGUUUUCUCUAUAGCUUAUAUGCUAUCUUUAUGUGGUUAUAAAAGGUAUAUAAAUAUAGCCAUUUGUUGCAUUAAACAUGUAUUUGUUCAGUUUAGUUAGUUGUCUUUGGUUCAGAAAUUUAGUUAAUCAUAUAUAUGUGUGCUGCUGGAUGAAGGAGUAAGUUUGAGCUGCAUUCUGCAGAAGCUCUUUGGUGGACUUGUGAUAUAUCAGUGGAACUCAGAUUGGUUCAA